AAUACAGAAGUUAAUGUUUUGUUUUGUCUGAGAUGGACCAAGUGGGUGGUACCAUGUGGAGCACAACUUAGCCUGGCCACGUGGUGCCGGGAUAACCAAUCAGGCGCGGCUCCAGGUUUAACUAUGUUAAAUGUCAGAUUGCAAUAAACUAGAAGCUGUUGGUCGGGCCCGCGGAAAUGGGCGAGCAUAAUCUCCUUAAUCCAGGGUUUGUGGGACCUCUGGUAAACAUCCACACGGGAGACACGUUUUACUUUCCGAAUUUUAGAGCCUCAGGGGGACAGCUGGCGGGGCUACCGUCUCUCUCCUACCCGAGAAGGGACAAUGUUUGCUCCCUCCCGUGGAACCCUUCGGAGCCGUGCAAUGGAUACUCUCAAUCCUACUUUAGCAGCCCCGUGUCUAUUAACCCUUCCUUCAAUCGGUCGUGUGAGAUCACCAGACCAGAGGAGGGCAAGUGUUACUACAGCAACGGGAACAGAGAGACCUGCUCAGGGGGCGGCGGCGGCGGCGGCGGCAGCCUCAAACGGGAGGACAGGGCAAGGGACGCAUCUUCCCUAACAUCUGACCACGGGAUGCACGCUGGGAUUGCGGGCGGCGUUGCCUUCUCCAAAUAUGAGUAUGGGACGGAGCAGCUCACUCAGGAUCCGCCGUCCUGUCAGUCUAUGGAGUCCGACUCCAGCUCCUCUCUGCUGAAUGAGGGCGGAAAGCCUCCAUCCAGCGACACACAGACCCUGGUGUCACCGGGAAGCCAUUCAGGCAACAUAGCCGCAGGCGGAGGUGCCCCGUGGUACCCGAUGCACACUCGGACCAGAAAGAAGCGCAAACCCUACUCCAAGCUCCAGCUGGCGGAGCUCGAAGGGGAAUUCAUGCUGAACGAGUUCAUCACCCGGCAGCGGCGGAGGGAGCUCUCUGACCGGCUGAACCUCAGUGACCAACAAGUGAAGAUCUGGUUCCAGAACCGCAGGAUGAAGAAAAAGAGACUCAUGUUGAGGGAGCAAGCUUUGGCCUACUUUUAGAGAGAUUCGGGAUAUAGGAAGGUGAAUCGAUAAGCAGUAAGAAGAAGAAGAAGAAAAAAAAAAGCCAAGCCUACUACGCUCCCUUAGGUCUUCUUUCAAUGCAUGCACUCAUAUAUCCAUCUUUAUUCACAUUGCAGGCUAUCAUUAGAUCCUUUUUGCUGGAUUAUCUCUACCCCCCCCCCCCCCCCCCCCCCCCCCCAUCCCUUGAAAACAAGCCAUUAAAUGGCGUCCUAUAAGAUGCACAUCAGUGAGCCUUGAGGCGUGGUGUAAUGGCACAAAAGCUGUGAAAAUGUGUUUUAUCUGUGUACCCCCCCCCCCCCCCCCCCCCCCGCAAUUAUCAUAACCCUCCGCUCUUGAACCACCAAAGCAUAUUUUUUUUGAAGCAAUAUGACAACAUUCAUCCUGUUUUAGCCUGAAAGUUGAAGGCUUAGAAGAGGCAAUUCAAGGCAGAAAUCUUAAGAUAGGGCCUAAAAAUAUUCGCGAAGUCAGACAGUCUGACUGCAACGAUUCCGCGCUGUAAUGUCUUUAUAAUAUCUUCAGUUAAGAUCUGAAGAGGGGAAAAAAACAAAUCCAUCACGGCUGUUUUCUGCGUCCUAUCGUGUAAUUUGUUGCUCAAGAGGAGAGUGAUCCCCAUGUUUUCUUUUCUGUGUCCUCACGGUCACGGGCAAGGAGUGCUAGAACUCUGGGUCUCUGCGUGACAGAGGAGAGGCAAGAAUAACAAACGCAUAAAUGUAACACAGCAACGGAAUUCACAGCAGUACAGCCGAGCCUGACAGACUGCGCACUGGGGAUAAAAACAAAUGAGUGCAAGCAAAAAAAAAAAAAAAAAUUUUAUAUGCAUAAUUAUUAUUAUUAGUAGUAUUAUUAUUCUACUUCUUUUGUUACCUCUCAACUUGUCUUAACAACAAACCACUGAGUCCUGCGUGAAUUUUCACCGUUCGAAAACGGUCCUGGAGCUGCUACAACAGAAGAACGUUCAGACUUAUGCCAGCGAAAAACUCACAAAGGAUGCGUGAAUUGGGUGACUUUAACAGUAGAAAUUGCUGCGUGGCAGUUCAUCUCAGUCCGCCAGCUGUCACUCACAUGCUAUGGCGGAUGCACGCUUUCAGGCCAAAAGGAGCAUUUCUGAAACGUAUUGGUGCUCGUGAUAAUUACAGAAUGUACAUACAAAGUGAACAGAUAGAAUCAAAAAUAAUUUUUAAGACGUUUCAGGCCUCCGGGUGGGUUCGCCCUUGGACUUGGGUGUGACCGCAGUAUGUUAUCUGUUAUGUAUUAUGAGUAAGCUAAAAUAAAAUGUUUGCAGCAUGUUAUUGAUGUGAAAGUGCUACAAGUGGUGUUCUGCGGGCCACUUUCUCUGUAGGUGACUUUUUGUACCCCUUCUUUUUUGAACAAAUCAAAACCAUUAAUAUUAAAAAGUUUUUUAAAUAAACCCCUUCAAAGAAUGUAUUAUUAUUAUUAUUAUUAUUAUUAUUAUUAUUAUUAUUAUUAUUAUUAUUAUUAUUAUUAUUAUUAUUAUUAUUAUUAUGUUGCAGGGACGGGGAGCCGCUUAGGCCGACCUAAUGUACUUGCAGUAUAGUCUCCAUCCUUACCUUGUCCUCGUGUAUAACUCUGUAAAAUUAAGAUAUAAUCAUUAUUAGUAUUCGCAUCCUUUUUUGAGGAUCCCCUAUCGCUAUGUAAUAGUGCUUUAUGUUACUGUUCGUCUUGUACAAUACAGCAUUCCAUAUCUAUAGCUCUCUCUAUGUAGCCAGUUUGUAACUGUAAGGGGUUGGUGGGAAUGUAUAGGCCGACAUUCAGAAUGAAUUACAAAAAAAUAAAUUUUUUGUUAUUUUGUACCAUUCACUUCAUGUUAAAAAGAACUCUGUUUUAGUGUAAUAGUUGUCCAUGAUCGUACCUUUCAUGAUGUCGCCCACCUCACUGCAUUCCUUCCUUUGCGCUUGUAAGGAUUGCUACGUUGUCUUGUAAAAGUAAUACUGAUAUGAAUGUAUAUGCGUAAGGUCUUCAAUAAACAGAAUAUUGAAACGUU